CGCAGCCCCGCAGCCAUGGUGAGCCUGGUGCUGGGCGCCCUGCUGCUGGCCCUGGCCCUGCUGGCCCUGCGGCGGCUGGCCCGGGACAAGGUGGAUGCGGGUCACCGAGCCCCGCCGUGCCUGCCCUCGCUGCCCGUGCUGGGCAGCCUGCUGCAGGUGGCGGGGCACAGCGAGCUGCACACCUGCUUCACCAGCCUGCAGGCCCGCUACGGCUGCCUCUACGCCCUGCGCCUCGGCUCCGAGUACCUGGUGGUGGUCAACAACCACCUGCACGCCCGCGAGGUGCUGUUCAAGAAGGGGAAGGAGUUCGCCGGCCGGCCCCACUCCGUGACCUCGGACCUGAUGUCCCGGGGGGGCAAGGACAUCGCCUUCGCCAGCUACAGCCCGCUCUGGCGGCUCCAGCGCAAGCUGGUGCACACGGCACUCUCCAUGUUCGGGGAGGGGUCCGAGGCCCUGCAGAAGAUCGUCUGCCGGGAGGCCGAGGGGCUGUGCGAGGUGCUGGCGGCCACGCAGGGGGCACCGCUGGCCAUGGCGCCUGAGCUGACCCGCGCCGUGACCAACGUGGUGUGCUCGCUGUGCUUCAACUCCUCCUACCGCCGCGGCGACCCCGAGUUCGAGACCAUGCUGCAGUACAGCCAGGGCAUCGUGGAUACCGUGGGCAAGGAGAGCCUGGUGGACAUCUUCCCCUGGCUGCAGUACUUCCCCAACAAGGGCCUGGCCUGGCUGCGACAGUGCAUCAAGGCCCGUGACGAGCUGCUCCAGAAAAAGUUCACCGAGCACAAGAAAGCCUUCUGCAGCGACUCGGUGAGUGACCUGAUGGACGCGCUGCUGCGCGCCAAGUUCAACAUGGAGAACAACAACAGCCGCCUGGACCCAGGGCUGGAGCUGAGCGACGACCACCUGCUCAUGACCGUGGGCGACAUCUUCGGGGCCGGCGUGGAGACCACCACCACCGCGCUCAAGUGGGCUGUCAUCUACAUGCUGCACUACCCCGAGGUGCAGCGAAAGAUCCAGGAGGAGCUGGACCAGCAGCUCGGGCUGGAGAGACGGCCCCAGCUCAGCGACAGACAGCGCUUGCCCUACCUGGAGGCCACCAUCAGCGAGGUCCUGCGCAUCCGGCCCGUGGCCCCGCUGCUCAUCCCCCACGUGGCCCUGGUGGACUCCAGCAUCGGGGACUACAUCAUCCCCAAGGGCGCCCACGUCAUCGUCAACAUCUGGGCCAUCCACCACGACGAGGAUGAGUGGGACAAGCCGGAGGAGUUCAACCCAGGACGCUUCCUGGAUGAGAGAGGCCAGCGCAUUUACUCGCCCACCCCCAGCUACAUGCCCUUCGGCUCUGGCGUCCGCGCCUGCCUGGGUGAGGUGCUGGCCAAGAUGGAGCUCUUCCUGCUGCUGUCCUGGAUCCUGCAGCGCUUCACGCUGGAGCUCCCCCCGCACCACCCGCUGCCCUCGCUGGCGGGCAAGUUUGGCAUCGUGCUGCAGGCCACGGGCUUCGACGUCAAGGCCGUGCCGCGGGAGCCCGGGCGGGCUGGGCCAUGAUGCAGCCCCGGGGGCAGCCGGGGGACAUUGGACAGGGCUGAGCAUAGCGGAUGCAUUUGAGGCUUUGGGGUUGCUUGAUGUCGGUGCUGUUUGCCUGCUAUAAAGCGACUGAUGAAAGGA